CUGAUCAGAGCAGUGUUUGCGGCUAACCAACCACCAGUUCAGUUGCUAGUCUUAAAGAAUUAACAGCAACUGAGUCAUUGACGCGUAUUCCGUUGCUCGUUUGUGUUUUUCCUGUGUUGUUUUAGAAUAAGUCGUCUUUCGUGUUGAAGAGGGGGGUGUUGUGGUGGAGCCACGUGUACAGGAACUGGAGUUUGACAGCUUGCCUGACUUCUUGGAACCACUGCAGGCGAUCAUGGCUGUUUGGAGAAAACUGUGGCGUAGAAACCUCCUGGCAGCCUCUCUGCUUGUUUACGUCCUGCUCCACGCCGCGGACGUUCACGCACGGCCAGCCAACAUGUCAGCCUCUAAGGACAAGGCUCCAGCUCCCAAGGAUGAGAAUGAGAUUCUUCCUCCAGACCAUCUGAACGGGGUGAAGAUGGAGAGGGACGGCCACCUCAACAAGGACUUUCAUCAGGAGGUUUUUCUGGGGAAGGACAUGGAGGAGUUUGACGAGGAUUCAGAGCCGAGGAGGAACAGAAAGAAGCUGAUUGAAAUUUUUACUAAAGUCGACUUCAACAAGGACCGGAGCGUGAGCGCUAAAGAGAUGCAGCGCUGGAUUAUGGAGAAGACUGAGGAGCACUUCCAGGAGGCCAUGAUGGAGAACAAGAACAGUUUUCGCGCUGUUGAUCCCGACGGAGACGGUCAUGUGACGUGGGAUGAAUACAGAGUCAAAUUUCUGGCCAGCAAAGGUUUCAAUGAAAAAGAGAUUGCAGAGAGAAUAAAGAACAACGAAGAUCUGAAACUGGAUGAAGAAACUCAGGAGGUGUUGGAAAGCUUGAAGGACCGCUGGUUUCAGGCUGACAACCCGCCACCUGACCAGCUGCUAAACGAGCAAGAGUUCCUGUCCUUCCUCCAUCCUGAGCACAGUAGAGGCAUGCUCAAAUACAUGGUCAAGGAGAUUGUCCGAGACUUAGACCAGGAUGGAGAUAAGAAACUGACUCUGUCUGAGUUCAUCUCCCUACCCGUGGGAACCGUGGAGAACCAGCAAGCUCAGGACAUCGACGACGACUGGGUCCGAGAGAGGAAGAAGGAGUUUGAGGAUGUCAUCGAUGAAAACCGCGAUGGCAUCGUAACCAUGGAGGAGCUGGAGGAGUACAUGGACCCGAUGAACGAGCACAACGCUUUGAACGAGGCCAAGCAGAUGAUCGCCGUCGCCGACGAGAACCAGAAUCGUCAUUUGGAGCUAGAAGAGAUUCUCAGGUACAGCGAAUACUUCACAGGCAGCAAGCUCAUGGAUUACGCCAGAAACGUCCAUGAGGAGUUCUAAAGAGCUGAUUCUUCCUCUCACUUCGCCCCCAAUCAAACAUCUGCUUCAGGGACAAGCCUCGGUAGGCUGAAGCCACUUAGUGAUGGGAUUCUGAUUAAAAGCAUUAACAGUCUCUUUCAUUGCUGCCUCCAGUUAUUUGACCCCCUCUUUAAACUCUGGACCAUCAAAGUUAACAAAGUCUGCCUUCUGUGUGCCACUGGACUGUUUCAACUAGAAAAUUUUGAAGCGAUGCACCAGCUCUAAACUUAUGUUGUGAAAUGUGUGUAUAUGAAGAGUUUUAACCCUAGAUGAGGUGCUGUUUAGCCCGCGCGUCUGUAUACAGUGUAAAUAUUCACAUUUGUCACAUAAUGCUGCCUCUGUAAGCAAGAAAGUCUGAGAAAUAAAAUGCUGCUGAGAGGUGCAACACAGAGGUACGCCAUCAUUAAAAGAUUAAUUCUUCUAUUUCAGUGUGUACAACUGUUUUCCAUUAUAUCUAGUAAUGUGCUGUCCUUCUGAUCUUACAAACAGGGUUUUGAUUGUAAGAAAAAAAUAUCUAAAUAUUCUAAAAAUUGUAUUAGAAAUCUCAUAUAACACAUUUUCAGAAGUUUAAUAAAUAAAUUGCACAAAUCAAAGAUUUAUUUAUGAGAAACUGUGUGUGAUAUGAUCAAGUAAAGGAAAAGCAUGUAAGUCAUUUUUAACAGGACCAGUUUUACAGGUGCUUUAGGUCUAAACAUCUUUAUUCUUCACUACAUCAGUCUUGUGCCUGUUUUCAUUCAUGUGGAUGAAAAAGACCCAUUUACUUUUAAAUCUUAGCGCACCCUUGCAGUGGUUACUCGUCACCAUAUCAGUUAAAAUUCUCCUCCAGUACUUUAAAUGCAUGGACAAACAUUUGAGUUGCAUUCUUCGAUCUUGCUGCAGUUUUUGGAGUGUUUUUGGAUCCUGCUGCUGAUUCUGGUGUCGACAGUCCAAUUGUAAAAUAAGAUUUGACUUUUUAAAAUGUGUGACAAAUAUACAAGUAAAUAAUAAACAUUUUUAUCAGG